UUUCAGCCGCUUCCGUGUUGUACAAUGUUUUGCUGAUGUGGAAUAGCGAACGCAGAGGUUUUUAACACUACAGCUGUUUAUUGCGCAGUAUGUAACUACUUGGUUUCGUUAGCGAAUCUUUUUGUUGUUAACAGCGUUUCUAUUUUUGCACUAGUUGUGUUUGUGAAGUCAUAGGUGAGUCAUUUGGGCGCUGGCUAGCUAGCAAGCUAACAAAGCAGGCCCCAAGUCAGCACUGAAUUAUCGCGUUGUUUUUUGUGGAAAAAAUACAUAAUUAUAUGCAUUUAUAAAUCAGCAUGGGUUAAUUAUAACUAAUGUGUUUGUGUGCGCGCUCUGAUUGUUGUUUUGUCGGACCAAGCUAGCUUAAGCACACAGGUCACAGCUAACUGCUGAGAUUGACUUGAUUGGGAGGGUUGGAUGUUUCGGGCUGGUGUCUGGGUGUCAAAGUCAUGCCAUGAUGGUCCUGCGGCGGCUCCUGCGGAAGCGCUGGGUGCUGGGAGUCGUCUUUGGGCUUUCUCUCAUCUACUUCCUCACCAGUACACUCAAACAGGAGGAGCGGACCAUACGGGACCGCACGCUCUUGGAGGUUAGGGAUUCGGACCACCGCAUCCCUUGGAAGGUGCGCUUCAACCUGGGGAACAGCAGCCGCCAGAUGAGCCAGUGCAGGAACUCCAUACAAGGAAAGAUGCUGCUGACGGACGAGCUAGGUUACGUGUGCGAGAGGAAAGACUUGCUGGUGAACGGCUGCUGCAACGUCAAUGCUCCCAGCACGCGGCAAUACGUCUGCAAAAGCUGCUUGGCCAACGGCUGCUGUAGCGUGUACGAGUACUGCGUGUCUUGUUGCCUCCAGCCUGAUAAGCAACCUCUGCUGGAGCGCUUCCUGAACCGUGCCGCCGAAGGCUUGCAGAACCUCUUCGUUGCCGUGGAGGACAUCUUUGAGCUGUGCCUGGCCAAGUGUCGCACCUCCUCACAAAGUGUCCAACAUGAGAACACGUACCGGAACCCCCAAGCCAAGUACUGCUACGGAGAGAGCCCUCCAGAACUCCUUGUACUGUAAGAGUCGGACUUGUGCGGCACAACGGAAAGGAAACAGACUUUGCCAUUGUUGGCAUCCACACACAAAUACUGUACUGUUUUUGUUUUGUUUUUGUUGUUUUUUUACACUUCAUAAGUGCAUCAACCGCUUCCAUCCAGUCAUCCGUGAUGAUCAUCAGGCAGCUCUUUGCUCAGCACCAGUCAUGAAUUCACGUCUCUUGUACCUCCACCAAGGAGGCCUCGGCUCCCUGGAGUGCCAUUGUAGUUUUAAAACUGUCAAAUUGUGUCAUCAAAUGUAUCGUGCAUGUUUUGGAAAUGAGUAAAAGCGAUUGUGAAAGCGUAUGUGACAUUGGUUUGAGGCAGCCUGGAAGACAUGCAAGAUGCAAACAAAUGAGGAAGUGUCUGGUAAUGAACAAAAUACUCGUGUGUACAAUCGCAGAAGGCCCAGACAGUGUUCAUGCUGCUCCCUUCCAUCUGUCCACAUGUUCCGCCAUGAUUGGAGUCCAAAGCGGUGACUCCUCCUAGCGCCCUGUCACGGUGCCUUCAAGGGACGGAUGGACGUGGGACAAUUAAUCAUCCUGAAGGCUGAGCAAGCAAAACAAAAAUGUCCUAAUUGGGAAACCGGUUGGUGUCUUUGGCAGCUUGAUUAAUUCUGCCACUGUGGAGAAACAUCACGUUGGAUUGAGCGGUUUGAAGCCCAACGUGAUCAAAACAAUACUGCAGGAUAAUACGUCAAACGUGAGCAUUUUGGGACUAAUUCAGGCAAAAGCUGAACUUCUUAGUGAUGCAAGCAUGAUGAGUUUUCUUUAACACAUGCUGGAGCAGGUUGGAUGUCCACAGUUUUUACCAGUAUUUACAGGGAACAGGUCUACGCUUUUUUAAUUAACAGAACACUUGAAUAAAGGCUUUUUUUGUGUGCAAAGUCAAGUUCUCAUAAAACUAUACAAAGAAUUCAGCACUGGUAAAUUUCAUUUCAGACCCGACUACGCUCUAGGGCAGGGGUCACCAACGUGGUGCCCACGGGCACCAGGUAGCCCCCCACGACCACAUGAGGUGCCCGCAAGCCUGCUUUUCAUUCAGGUUUUCAGUUAAUAAUGAAAGAACAGUAGAAAGAAAUGCAUUGUGAAAUACAACAUGUGAGUUGUGGACACCAGCAUUUUGUUCAUGUUCUGGUAAAACAAGCAUAUUCGUUUUGUUUGGGUUUAAAAUAUGCUCUGGAAAUAAAUGCUACAAAAAUGAGUAGCUCUUGGCCAUUUUCAUUUUGUAAAAGUCGCUCUCACAAGGAAAAACCUUGGUGACCGCUGGUCUAGACUUAAGAUUCUGUUGCCUGCAAGUCUGCAGUCCCCAAAUGAGCAAAACCUUUGAAUUAAGACUUGUUUUUGUGUACAAUGAAAUUGCAAUAGAAAAAAAAUCCACAGUAUUCAGCAAUGGAAAACAUCACUUCAGACCCGAUUACCUUCUGGACCUGGAUUCUGUGGCCGAGGCCGAGGUCUGCACUUCCUAACGGAGCACAACUUAUGAAUAAAGACUUUUUUGGUGUGCAAAAUCAAGUUCUAAUAAAACUAU